GGAGGCUGUUGCUGCUCCUGAGGCCGCCGUCAAGGAGGCUGUUACGGAUGUUGUCUCUGAGUCUACUGUAGAUGUGCCACAUGCCCGUUCUUUGUCUCUUCCUGCUGAUAAUAAGGCUGAUGAACCAGCCGUUGAUUUUAUUGGUGAUUACAAGCCCGCCGCCGAUUCUGUACCGCAUGGGAGCAACUCGGCUGAGUUGGCUGCAGGUGUUUCUCUUGCACUUGCAACUGUUGGCGCUUCAUUGGCUUCACGUUUACUUUUUUCUGACACUUUUUUCACCGGCGCUGACUCAACUGACCAGUCUGUCGAUGUAGCGCGCAGCUUGACGGUUGAGCAAGUAUCAGAGCCGGCUGUCGAGCUUUUUGAGAGUUCCACUCCAGCUGCUGUGCCCGCCGAUGGGUUUGCAUCUGGAAGCACUAUCCCAGCAACUGCACACUCUGUUAUGCCAGCUUCAGUGGUUUCUGUGUCUAGCGAUAUUAUAAGCCUUUCAGGUCUGGAGACUGCAGAUGCGCAUACCGCCCCUGUAGUUGUUGGUACCAUUGAGGCCGUUGAGCCUGAGACAGCCAGUCGCGCUUUAGCUACCCCCGAGGUCGCCGAGCAGGCUCACAUUGAGCCUGUAAUCAUGACCAAACCGGUUUCUGAAUCUGGAAUCACUUUACCCGAGUCGGUUGACAGCUCGCAAGCCGCACAUGAGGCUGCCAGCUGGAACUCGCCGCGGUCGCAGAUAUCAUACAAUCGCGCCGACUCCCAGCUUUCCCACUCUGGUGACCAGACCACUUCUGCGCCAGCAAAGAAUGCAGCUGAUAACGUUAUUUCUAAUCGUGACAGCGCCAUUUUUAUGGACAAGCCCUUUGCUGAUGCGACAACAACGGAUAUUUCUUCCACGCAAGACAGCAAUGAGCCUGUAAAGGUCGAGCAAACAUUUUUGCAAGACCAAGCUGUUGCUGAAGCCAAUUGUUUGACUGGCGUUGAGGUGAAGGAGGAGGCGCAGACGCCCUACUCUACAUUCUCUACGCCGGCGUUCCCUGAGUACUUUAGACAUCCUGAAGUGCACCAGCAUGGGAACGAGGUUGUUUCCAGGCGCGAAAUCCCCCGUGCUAGUGACGGUGGUGCUCGCAAGCCUGUUUUUGGCAGACCCAAGGACGUGCUGAUGGAGCUGAACAUUGAAACUCCAUACGACGGGCGCCAGCUUUUGCAACUGCGCGCAGCUGACAACCUGGAUGACUUAUGUGAGGAGUUUUGCGAACACUACAACAUGCUGGAACUCCUUCCUGGAAUGAGGACACUGGUUAGAGGCAAGGUUGAGCGCCGCCUGGCUAGACGCCGUGAGCGUGCCCUGCAGGCCGCCGCUGCCUCUCAGGGCAAAUAAUCUAUACAUUUUUAUCAUUUAAAGCAUAUAUUUAUGCGUUUGUUUUAUCUUUUUUAUCCCUUUUUCAACAAUAAACAUUCGAAAAUUCAA